UAUAUUAUUUAGUACUGUAGCUGAAAUUCUGACCUCCGACAUUUUGGCGGGUGUAGACUUUUUUUGGUUGGAAACUGUACAAGCAACCUGGCAACCCGGCGAAACAAACCCGCAAGACGGCAAAAUGCUGUACUUGUCUGUUGGAAAUGAAUGAUUUUUAACUGGACUGAAAGAGUAUAAGCCAAACGCGACUUUAUGUACUUCAUCUGAAUAUCACUGAGAAUUAAAGGGAGAAGUGCUUUAACGUUCCGCUGUGUCCUUGGCUCAAUCUCACUUAGCUCCCUACCUCCUAUAUAGUACACUACAUGUGGCCUGAAACUAUGGCUACUGCACCCAAAUUGUACACUAGAUGUUAAAUACAGGUGGCAUGAAGUUUAUAGCCGAAUAUCAAUGGCUUUCUAGUCAACAUAAAGCAUGAUUUGGCUGUAGAAUCCAUCGUUUCAUGACUUCUAGUGCACUAGAUGUGGUGCCAUUUGAGACACAGCCUUUUACUCCUACAAGCUUUACAGACAGCGGCCAUUUUGAACUGUCAGUAACAGAUACAGAAGCGAAGUGCUUCGCUUAGAAACAGGGCUCUUAGUGACUGGACCUGUGCUGGUUUUGGCGUUAUAUGUUCACGAAGCUUUUACUGUAGAGGACAGGUGCUAAACUUUGAUAGUAAACGGGAAAAUGAAGAGGACUUUCGCUCUCCGUCACCACAUGCGGCUCCUCGUCCUAUAAACAGUCAUUAAAGCUAACCUAGCUAGGCAUUUCGAAGUGAUGAGACUUAGACAACACAUAAGACACAGUGCAAAUGAUUUGUUUUAUCACAGCCACUUUUAGGUAACAAUGAGGCCCUUUUUGACACUAGUCAGAAAUACAGCCUCGUUGGUUUCAACUCGAGCAGUGUGCUCUGAAUCAGGGAGCAGAUGGAUCAGACCAGCAGGUUAUGACACUGGCUUAAAGACAUACAACAGCCUCACCAAACAGAAGGAGCCGUUGGUUCUGGCUAAAGAAGGAGUAGCGACCUGGUACAGUUGUGGACCCACAGUUUAUGACCAUGCCCACCUUGGCCAUGCAUGCUCAUAUGUCAGAUUUGACAUUCUGCAAAGGAUUCUGACCAGGCUGUUCGGCAUAAACGUGACUCACGUCAUGGUCAUCACUGACAUUGAUGAUAAGAUCAUACAAAGAAGCCUUGAGGAGAACAUCUCACCUUUUGUGCUCGCCAGAAUGUAUGAAGAGGAGUUUAAAAGAGAUAUGAUGGCUCUCAAGGUACUUCCUCCGGCUGUGUACAUGAGAGUCACAGAGAACAUACCUCAGAUUGUAGCUUUCAUUGAACGCAUCAUAGGCAAUGGCCAUGCUUAUGCCACAGGUCAAGGAGAUGUCUACUUUGAUACUAGAUCCAUUAGUAGUCGUUAUGGCAAACUGGUGAACUUCGGAGAUGCUGUUGAGGCACCAGGCGUCAAGGACAAAAGGGACCCCCGGGACUUUGCCCUGUGGAAAGCCUCUAAGCCACAGGAACCUUACUGGAUGUCUCCGUGGGGAAGGGGAAGACCUGGCUGGCACAUUGAAUGCUCCACCAUUGCCAGCUCUGUGUUUGGGAGCCAGUUGGAUAUCCACUCAGGAGGCAUAGACCUGGCCUUUCCUCAUCAUGAGAAUGAAAUAGCUCAGUGUGAGGCCUACCACAAGUGUGACCAGUGGGGAAACUAUUUUCUGCACUCAGGCCACCUCCAUUUGAAAGGCAGUUCAGAAAAGAUGUCUAAGUCUUUGAAGAAUUAUAUUACAAUAAAGGAUUAUUUACAGUCUCACAGUGCUAAUGAGUUUAGACUGUUUUGUCUGUUGACCAAGUACAGAUCAGCGAUCGACUACAGCGAUGCCAGUAUGAACGAGGCUCGUUCCACACUGUCCGCCAUCUCUGCCUUUAUCCACAACGCCCAGGCCUACAUGCAGGGUCAAUUACUGUGCCAAACCAUACAGGAGAGCUUUUUAUGGGAGAGGUUAUCAGUCACGCAGGCCAGCGUCCGAAGUGCACUAGCAGAUGAUUUUGACACACCAAAAGCGAUGGAUGCGAUCAUGAGCCUCAUUUACCAUGGCAACUGUCAGCUUCAGCCUGUUACCAAGGCUGACGGAGCCUCUAGGAGUCCAGCAGUUUUUGGAGCAAUGCUGACUUACAUCAGAGAUAUCAUGGACGUUCUUGGAGUUGAUCUCUUGGACAGAAAGGAGUCCCACGAUGACUUAUCCGGUGUUCUUCAUAAUGUGGUGGAGCAGCUGGUGCGUUUCCGCAGCGAGGUUCGAAACUUUGCUCUUUCUGUGGAGGACCAAGCCACUCAGAACCUUCAGAACAGCGUCCAGGCCCCAAGAAAGAAGCCUCAUCCAGACAGAGUACCCUUACUGAAGGCCUGUGAUGCCCUACGGAAGGAUCUUGUGCCCUUAGGAGUACAGAUUAAGGACAGAGGAACCACCUCCACAUGGGAGAUCACACAGCAACAGAAGGAGACUAAAGACAAGAAAAGUUAGAAUCUUCAGCCUAGUGUGGACCAUAAUGGGACUGCAGUCCAUGUCACUGUUACCAAUCAAGACCAUAGAUCAUCAAUUUUUGUUCAGCUGUAUUUUUAGUCUGAGUGCCAACUUUGCAUUGGCAGAAAAAGCACUUUGCGAUCUCAGUGCACUCAACCUCUGAGAGACUCUUGAAUUGUCGUUCGUGAUGAUGAUCGCUGUAAUUUGCCAAAAGUGAAUGUAACAUAUUUCUGUAACUCAAAAUGAUCAAUGCCUCAUCUCUAAUAGCAGCACUUGCUGUUAUGCUCUAUAAAUAGCAGCCAUAUUGAAUUAUUUCACUUGAAAUGACCAGAUGUAAUAAAUAUACUGCGCACACAUGGCCCACAAAAACAAAAGG